AUGUACGUGGUCUCUUUUGCAGACUUUAUGAACAUGAGGUCAGUUCAAUCGCACCAGGAGCUCGUGUCUCAAGGACUUCUGGUGGAGUUUCAAUCUCAGAUGGGCGAUGCCUUUUUUGUCUCACAUCAGUGGACCGGAUCUGCACAUCCAGAUCUCAAGUUUGAGCAACUGCGGGUUCUUCAGAGGGCCUUCGACUAUCUUAUGGGAGGGCAGACACUUUUGAAGUCGACCCAUAUGUCCUAUGCUAUGCUGGGUCAUGGAGAAUACAUUUCAACCAAGGACUGGCACAGCCACUUCAUGUUCAUUUGGUACGAUUACUUUUCAUGCCCACAGCUGGUGUCGCGCAGUGCAGAGCAAGCAAUUUUGCCGGAUUUGCAAAAUGCCGUGCAGAGUAUCAGCAGCUAUGUCCAGAAAUCCAAAUAUUUCUUGGUGCUAGUUCCCUCUGUGCAUGCAGAUACCGGGGAACUCUUGUCACGGGAAAGUUGGCAAAGACGUGGUUGGUGCAGAUUCGAACGUGCGUGCAGAGAGUUUCUGUCAGAAGAUGCCAAUAUCGCGGUCAUUGAGAGCGUGCACCGUUCCUACGUGAUGACACCCUUUGACUCGUGGCUAAAGCCUGCGUGCAUGGGAGAAUUCACUGUCGAAGGUGACAGGGACAAGGUGGAACAUCAGGUUUCUGGGAUGCUACAUUCGAAGCUCAUUUCUCUCCUGGAGAACGCAAACCUGCACGGCUUUCGCAUGGUGCUGAACCUGAAGCACAUUUAUUUGCGGAGGAGCCAGCCAGGUCAGUUUUCGGCCAAGGAUCCAGAGAGCUGCAAGCUGAAGCUCGCGGACUUCAUGAAAGAGAACGGCUUUGAGAAGCUGAGUGAACGUCAAUGCGGUUGGAGCCCCGCAUGUUUUGCCGCUCUCCGCGGUGAUCCGCAUGUCCUGAAAGAAAUGCUGGAUAUGCGAGUGGACGUGGAUGAACGAGUGCAAGCCAACGAACAACGAUAUCACAUCGAGAAGGGCAUGUCGUUGCUGAGCAUUUGUGCCCAGUUCAGCAACAACUCUGCCAUGGCUAUGCUCAUCGAGAUGCGAGCCAAUGUGAAUCAACAAGACAGCGUUGUUAAGGGCACUCCUCUGCUUCGCGCUGGCAUGGGAAACAAUGCGGAAGGUGUGCAGAUGCUGGUCCAGGCUGGAUGCAACCACUGCAUCUUGGAUGGGUUUGGGCACACUGCCCUGGUGCCGGCCUGUGCGUUUGGAGCCAGAGACAGUGCGCGGGCGCUGCUCGCUGCUUUCCCCAACAUUGACAGAGCGAAAGCAUUGCAUUUUGCGGUGGUGGCAGAGGGACAAGCUGAACUCACCAUACCAGAGUUGUUGGGAGCAGGUGCAAACAUCAACGAAAAGCUCCAGUUUACCCCGGGAAUGCGAAUUCAGUUCCGGCUUCUGGCGAAGCUGGCGAAGUGGUUGGAUGCGCGUCACGGCCGUGACCUCCACUUCUUCCUCACAAAUUUGAUGGGCGCGACUCCCCUCAUUUGCAGCUUAGCCAGUUGCAACUUCAGCGCCUCUGCCAUUCUCAUCGCAGCAGGUGCUGACGCGACGAUGAGAAACUCCGCAGGCAACACAGCUUUGGAUGUGGCCCAAGCCGUUCGAGCUCCGAACGUGGUUCUGCGGGGGCUGCAAGGUGAUACGACGGCAUGCGACCACUACGUGGGUCCGAAGAUUGCUGAUAGGAUUUGGGUGUCGAUUUAG